AGCUUUCGGUUCGGGUUCGGAUAGCUAUUUAUUUUAAAUUAUGUAAACAAAUUUAAAAAAUCCCAAUAUACCUUGACAUCGUUAAAAUUCAAAUAAUAAUAAUAUACAACAUAUAAAUUUAAAUAAUAUAUGCUAAAUAUCUAAACUUAACAUAAAUUUGGGUUUGGUUUAUAUUUUAGAAUGGAAAACUGUAGAUAUUUAAUGUAUUUCCGGUGUUCUGAAUAUUUUUUUUGUUGAUAUUUUGGAAUUAAUUUUAGCUAUUUAAAGUAUUUGGAUAAUUCUAAGUAUUUUUAAGUAUUUUGGAUAUUAAAUAUAAACUAAUUAAUAUAUUAGGUAUAAUUCCUAAACAUUAAUUAUUUGAUAAAUGAUUUGCCACAUGGUUUCUUUACAAUCACUUUCACAAAAAAAAUGUUACAUGUCUACUAAACUUGAUGACAUACCUCAUUGCUAAAUAUCAUGUGGACAAUUACAUUUAAUGUUGAUUUAUAUUUUUGAUAAAAUUUUUAGAAUAUGAUAAUAACUCAUACAUUGAUUUAUAUAUUUGGUAAAGUUUUUAGAAUAUGGUAAUAAUUCCUAAAUCAUUAUUAACAUAAAUAUAUAUUCAAAUAUGAAAAAAAUAUUAUUUAGUUACAUUUUUAUAAUUAUAAAAUUUUAUCACUAAAAUUUUCAAUACAAUUUACAAUUUUCUAAAAAAAUUAUAUAUUUUUAUUCGUAAAAUCAUUAGUUUCUUUUAUAAAUCUACAAAUUUUAUAAAUAUUGUUUAGUUUUAUUUUUUGAUAAUUAUAUCAUGUUUAUAUCAUUUAUUAAUUUUAUACAAGUUUAUUUAAUAUAUUUAACCAAAAUAAAUAGAUAAAAUAUAUUUAAGAUUAAAAUUUUAAAUAUAUACAUAUAUAUUCUUAAGUAUAAUUUUAAAUAAACAAAAUUAUUUUUAUCUUAAUUUUAUAUUUAAUUAAAUUCAUAUCAAAAUACUUGUAAGAAAAUAAUAAAAUCUACAAUAUCAAUAAACAAAACGUGAUUAUGUUAAUUAAAUGCAAUUUUGUUAGUUUGAUAGAAAACUAUGGAAAAUUGAUCACAAUAUUAGUUCAGUGUAAGGUUGGGAAUUAUUAUCCAAGAUGGAUCCGAUUCAAGAUCUACUUCGAGUCCGUUCUGAAAAUAAGAUACCCGUGAUGCCUGGAUCCGGAUUCGGAUAGUAAAAUCAGGAUCCAGAUUUUUAAAAUAUAUUAAAUUUUUAAUUUUAUUAAUAAUUAUAUUUGAUAUAAUAAUAUUUAUCCAUACAAUUAGGUUUAAUUUUAAUUUUUAUAAUAUUAUAUACAUGUAUAUAUUUUCAAAUAUUGUAUAAAUAUUUAAUUUAUGUAUUAAUUUUUAAAAAAGAAUUAUUAUUAUUUUAAUUAUUUUUUUCAGAUCCAAAUAUCCGUGAUUAUUACAAUAAAUAGAAUUUAAAUACCAAAAUCACAGAUCCAGAUCUAAAAACCUUGAAAUUUUUGGAUAUCCGGAUCCGUCAAACCACUGGGAUCAAUGGAACGGUUGAGAAGUUAACAAGUAGUAUAUUGGAUGUGGGUACUAAUAAUAGUAUACGGGGUAGACUGGAAGUUACGUCAACCCUUGGCUGGUCUAUCAACUACUCAAUGCUGACUUCCCAACGGUGGCCGUCCACAGCUGUCUAGUCUAUAUCAGGAGUCACAAAGGUCAAUACAAUGAACAGCCUAGUUUUAAAGAUUGGGUGGUUAAGCCGUUAAGGUAAGCUCAGAAACAUGCCAUGUUGGAAAACGUCCGGUUAAUCGUGCAACGGUGACUGGCCGUGGACGGACGAAUUAAUCCCGAGUAGGCCGAGGAAUCAUAAAGCCCAUUCAUUAAGGCCUGUUAACUGUUUUAAGGUCCAAAAGGCCGAAAUCUCAACGUUCUUUCAUUAGUUUGGUGCAUCAACACCUCCUUUAAUGUUGACUUCCCAGCGGUGGACAAUAUACACGUGUCUAGUCUAUAUCAGGAGUCACAACAAUCAACGGUCAGGAUUAAAAUAAAGUUAAGAGGAUCGGGUGGAGUACAACAAACGCGAAACCUCUGCGUUUCUUCGUCUUCUUCGACUCGUGAGAUUGUGAUCACAGUGGGGCAAAAGAAAGACUUUAACUUUAAAGAUUCUACGAGGUGUGGUUGAUCGAUUUAGUCAUCUGGGUUUUCUUCUCUAGCGGUUCUGAGAAUGGAUCAAGCUUCGUCUUCAUCAAAUGUUAAGGAUGAGAAGAGAUCGUCCACUGAUCCUGUGACAGUCGAUGAAAACGAGGAGAGAGAAGCUAUAGAGAUUCCUCUCUUCCAAGUGCCUGAAUGCUACGUUUAUUUGAUACCUCCAAGGAAAAGUGCAGCUUCCUACAGGGCAGAUGAGUGGGACGUGAACAAAUGGGCAUGGGAAGGGGCAUUGAAAGUGGUGAGCAAAGGAGAAGAGUGCAUAAUUAAACUUGUAGAUAAAACCACAGGAGAACUUUACGCUCAGGCCUUUCUCCGAGAUGGUGAACUUCAUCCAGUAGAAGCCGUAAUCGACAGUAGCAGAUACUUUGUUCUCCGUGUUGAAGAAAACAUAGGUGGUCGUGCUCGUCAUGCUUUUAUUGGACUUGGAUUCAGAGAGAGAACUGAAGCAUAUGACUUCCAAGCUGCACUACAUGACCACAUGAAGUACCUGAACAAGAAGAAGACAGCAGAAGAGAUGGAACAACACUUUCAGAACACAUCAUCUGUUGAUUACAGCUUAAAGGAAGGAGAAACCAUUGUUCUUCAACUAAAAAAUAGGAGCGAGAAAGACACAAAGACUAAACUGGUAGAGAAGAGUCUGAGCAAUCUCUCGUUGGACGAUAAGGGCAAGUCAAUAGAAACCAUUCCUCCAAUCAUCCCACCGCCUCCACCUCCUGGACCGCUUUCUCCUGCGGCAACCACACCGAAGUCCCCAUCAAGCCUCAGCCUCCAAAGAUCAUCUGAACAACAAGAUCUAGAUACAAAGCGAGAAGAAGCAGAGAAGAAAGAAGACCAAGAAGCUAAAGAAAUAGGCGCUGAAGAUGCACCAGAUGAUGACUUUGGAGAUUUCCAAGCUGCAGGGUGAUUUGAGUAAACCAUUUAAGUAUUUUACCAUACAGAAAGCAUCGUUUUAUAAGUAAUGUGACUGAUCAAAGUUUGGAUUGUUUGCUUUUGAGAGAGUGAGAGAGAGUCCACCUUCUGUACAAUUGCACACAAAACUAUUUCUCUGAACUUAUGAUUAGAUAGAUAAACUUUCAAGUC